AUGGGUGACAAGCUGAUUGUGGAAGUCGAUGGGGCCUUCUCGGUGACCCAAGGUACAGUUGCCUGUGCUGAUAUUCUAAGACGGCAUAACAACGAGCUGGUGGAGGGAUUUCUUCACAAGCUAGAUCACAAGGACCACCUCACGGCAGAGUUAUGGGGCUGUUUGGUGGGUCUUAAACGAGCCUGGGACCUAGGGGAGCGUGAGAUUAUAUUACUUAGUGACUCUACAGAGGCCGUUCAACUUAUCGCUGGAGGUGACAGCAGCUUACACACUGAAGGAGAAGUCAUCCAGGAACUCCAGAACAUGAUCGAAUGGAAUCGGAAACUAGAACUCCAGGUUGUUAGCCGUGAGGAUACCCGAAUGGCUGACUCCCUUGCAAAGUUUGCUCUUAAUGGUGCAAUGGGUCUCCAAGUUUUAAGCUCGAUUGCGGUGCAGACGAUCAUUGCGUCUCCUAGUCUUGUUUAG